AUGCCACUUUCUUUGUUUGUAGCUCAGGACAAUAAUAUGCAAUCUCGUAUCAUCGCUCAGGCUUUUGUCAGUAAUGAGACAGCUGAAACAUACCAAUGGGUCCUUCAAAUGACAAAAAAAGCCACUAACAAUAGAUACCCCAACGUUUUUGUAACCGAUGGUGAUCCAGCAAUGGAACAGGCAGUAGUACUAGAGUAUCCAGGAAUGCAACAUCUUUUUUGUAUUUGGUAUGUUAAGGAAAAUAUAAAAAAGAUGUUGCAUAGUAAGUUAGAGGAUUCAUUUGAUGAGUUUUACAGUAAAUUCUGGCAAUGCAAAAAUGCAGAUACGUUACAUGGUUUUGAGUACUAUUGGAGGCAACUUAUAAGUUUUCCUAAUGCAAGGUUGUAUCUUGAACGUUACCUUUAUGAAUGUCAGUUUUUGUGGGCAUGUGCUUUCACUGUGACAGCAUUUACACUAGGAAUUCAAUCUAUGUCUUUCGUCAAAAGUCAAAAUGCAUGCAUCAAGAGAGUGUUAGAAAGCAGUAAUACAUCUUUGUGUGAGUUGGGUAAAGUACUAAUGGAGCAAAAACAAAUGAAGGAAAGUUUGUAUUAUAUGACCAGUCAUUCUACAGUUGAAGAGGUCGAGUCACUUAUUAUUUGUGAAUCAUCACAAAGUAAAGACAUGGAUGGUGAACUUGAUGCUGUUAAUUUAUUAGCCAAAUAUGUUGCAAAGGAGGGUAUAUACUUUGGUCAAAGGUUUGGUAAUGCCGUUACCAAUAUAGAUACUGUACCAAAGAACAUUGAAGGUCAAUUUGUGUGGUUACAGCCAUUUAACAAUAAUGAAACAGGUGAAACUACAAAUGAAGGGGAAGAUGAAUUGAUCGGAGAACAAGAAACCUCGACGCAUACUUCAUUUAACAGACAUACUAUUGAAGACAUACCACUUGCGAUUCCCCAAAAGGUUACUGUUAAGGGAAGACCAAAAUCAGCAAGUCACAAGAAUGCUGCAAAAAUUACAUUACAAGAUACAGGAAAUAAAAAGAAACGUGGACAAUACACUUGCGGAUUUUGUAAAGAGCCAGGCCACAAUGAGCAACUUGUCCAAAUAAGGUAG